GCCAUGCAUAAACUAAACAAAAAGUAUGAAAUGAAUCAACAUAAACAGUAAAAGUCAGGUGAGAUGUCUGCUAUAGUUGCACGCCAUUCAUUUAAAUUCAAAAUGGGAAACUCUGAGUUCAGGUUAAAUCUAGGAAAGCACAGAAACAAAUAUUUCUACAAUAUUUAUGUGAGGGCACUUUUUGUGUACCUCUACUGCGUUUACUGCGUAAAAGGAUUUGACAUGAAUAAAACAUUUUCGUAUUCAUAUAUAUUUUUUUCCACAAGCGUGUUAAUUAAAUCCUGUAUAACACCUUAUUUUCGUGUAGGGGAUUCUGAGGCCUGACACUGAUCCACAGAGAAUGAAUGGGGGAUUCAUCUCCACUGCACCUCACUGGGACAGAGGUGUUCGCCGUGCGCCCUGCGCUGCUCUGCUCUGCUCUGCGGACCAGUGAGAGGAGCUCAGAGCCCGGCUUUCAAAUCAAAAUCAAACCGAAGAAGAAGUGUGACUUUACGGCGGAGGGGAAUCUCGCACCAUCGCCGCUUUUUUCCAGCCGCUUCCGAAGCGGAACAGGACACAGAAACCAUCAUCUCAUGUCUCCGAGCCUGAUCUCGGGCUGCAGCUCCGCUCAUCCUCUUGUCAAAACGUGCCCUGCCCGCCGACCAAUCAGCUGCCACCCAGCGUGGGCAGGAAGUGACGUCCCGGGUUCCUGCCUCCGUAAAGUGCACCGUGUCACCACAAAUAUUAUCCACACACCAACAUCUCCUCUGUGUUAGGAGGCAGGGUGUGAGAGCCGCCCCGCUCAGACGUGAUGCCUCAGCUGUAAAGCCAAUUAUUAAAAAGGAGAAAAAAAAACUGACAAGAGUGCUCGAGACUUUAUUUGUGAGCAAAUGUGGCCAUCUCCCACUUCCCGACAGCCCCCCUCCUGAAGGGUUUCAACACAGACAUCUUUUCCUUCCAAAAGCUAGAAGACCACCGACCACCCCCCCUUCAUGUGGCCAUCUCACCACCACCAACAUGCAAUCAAGGAUCCGCAGAGGCAGUCGAUGUGACCGGGAGUGAAGUAACAGGCUGCUGCUUUGGACAAACCAGGAGAAACUUUGCUUGCUGGCUUGAGUGCGGUGAACUGUGACCGUUGCUGAGUGAUUUUUUUCCCCCUUCUUUUUGGCGCACCGCCUUUUACUUUAUUUCUCCGUGGGUGAGCAGUGCGUGCUUGUUUUUGUGGCACCUCCCCGCUCCUCCUUAGAUCUCCGUGUAUCUUCCAGGCUGCACCAUGCAUUUCUUCCACACCUCCUGGCUCCUAUAGUUAGUGCAGGAUACCGAGCUUUCUCUCCUCGCCGACUUCACCCCCUCCCACUCUCCCUCCCUCGCCUUGGUUUCGGACGCCGGACCGCGCGUCAUGCCGCGACACCUGAAGAGCUCACCGGUUCUGUUGCAGGCGCGCGUGGUUCCUUUGUAACCGGAUCUACCCUGUGCGCGUUUUAGUCAAAGGGAGAGGUGGGCAUGCUCCCCUCGUCUCCGGAGAACAUUUGCAUAAAGGAGAAGAAAGUAGAAAGAGAAGCUUGAGCAGCGGCGACAGAAGGUGGGAGAGAUAAUCUCAGAGACUAUAACUUACUUGUAGAUGUUUGAUCAGGCCACGACUAUGGGCGAUGGGAACCACCGCUGUGGACCCAACCCACUGUGUCCGGACAGGAUGGAGACGAAGUGCCGCGCAGAGAUUGGGAGCCGGUCCCCGGUGCAGAGCUCCACCGACACCCCGGGGACGUCAGCGUCCACCCCGACGUCCUCCAGCGAAGACGGACACGACAAACUUUUGGGAGUGGACCCUGACUACUGUCGGAGGAUAUUAGUGAGGGACGCCAAAGGCACCAUCCGAGAGAUCGUGCUGCCGAAAGGCCUCGACCUGGACCGGCCCAAACGCACGCGGACCUCCUUCACCGCCGAGCAGCUGUACCGGCUCGAGCUCGAGUUCCAGCGGUGCCAGUACGUGGUGGGGCGCGAGCGCACCGAGCUGGCCAGGCAGCUGAACCUCUCCGAGACACAGGUCAAGGUGUGGUUCCAAAACCGCCGGACCAAACAGAAGAAGGACACCACCAAGGAUUCAGACAAGCGCUCGUCCACCACAUCCGAGUCCCUGGCCACCUGCAACAUCCUCCGCCUCCUGGAGCAGGGCCGCCUCCUGUCGGGCCCCGCCCCGCCGCCCAACUCCCUCCUGGGGCCCCCGGCCCACCCGGCAAACGGCUCCCUGCUGAGCAGCCCGGGCGGGGGCUCCUCCGGUUCCCCCGGGAUCAGCAGCAGCACCCCUCCCAGCUCCCUACCAGGGGGGACGUUCGGCCUCUCGCUGCCGUCGCUGGGCGGCACCCCGCCGUCGCCGCGCCUGGGCGUCCCGCCGCCGCACUCCCUCUGCUUCUCCAUGCCGCUGCUCGGGGGCGCUCACCACGAACUGACGUCCACCUACGGCUGCAGCUCCUCGGCUUUUGAGCCUUACAUGAGGCUAGACAGGAAAGAGGCAGACCUGGGUGGGAAGAAGACGGUCUCUUAAGCAUCCGGCGUCCCUCUUUUAGGGACCACGGGGGACCAGGGCUCGUCUUUGUUCGAACAUUUCUCCUCCGUCUCACGCCCUGCCACCUGUUUGACACUCGAGCGGCCCCGCAGACAAGCGAAGAAAGCAUCCCGGGUCACGAGAAAUGCCUAAAAGGAAGUGACUGGGCUGCUUUUCUUGCAGCACCAUUUUGUGCCACGGUUACCGUUUAGCACAGCGACACAAAAUGGUGAAAAGAACUUGAUGUGGCAGAAAGUGAUGACUCCGCUCCACCACAUUAAAAAGAAGAAGAAGAAGAAGAAAGAAAACUUGUGAAUCUUGGCAAAGAUGCCGUGCGUGUAUGUUGCGUGACACCCUGACAGACACUGACAGAUGUUUUUAUCACCACUCUCUUUGCAGUGGUUUUAAGCGACUCUUCACUUUUUGUCCAGUGAGUUUGUGUGUAUGUGUGUGUGUGCGUGUGCGUGUGUGUGUGCGUGUGGUUUUCUCUCUAUACAGGCCUUCAUUUACUGUUUAGGAACAAAAAAAAAAUGUACUUGACAUGGAUAUUCCAGAUUGAAUCACUGUCUGAAUGGGAAGAGUGGCAUUUCAAAGAGCAGUAUGUACACAUUUCUAUUCCUGUACCAGUGGCCAUGUUUGAUUUUAGUUGAUGUGCUAUCACAGUAGAAAGAAACACUGAAGAAAAAAAAAAAAAAAGAAUCGUAGCAUUUUAAUAUCAGUCUGUUUGGUGUCCAGCCGUAGUUUUUUGUAAAUUCUUUCUUUGGUUGUGUUUGUGUGUGAAACAAUACGUGGUAGGAUCUGGACAAACCGUGCGAAAAUCACAUAUCUAGAUCUGAUAGUUGAAUAUAAAAGGACACGAGGAGGAAGUAGUAGUUGUGUGAGAAACCUGGUUAGAGUCUGCCAAAGCAUUGAUGGAUGAAGCUUCGGAGGUGCCACAUUUCGCCCUCCAAGCCAGUGACGCAAGGUCAAGGUGAGGCUGAGAGGAACAACCUCUCAAUUCGGACCGACUCACAGUUUCGUCUACACCACACACUCUUCACACGCUCCAAAUCCGGUUUUUCGGACGAUUUUUGUAUUUAAAGCACCAAACCUCAAACUUCUGCGUCUCGUUUGUCGACGCUGGAGCUGCAGCUCUGGUGGCGAUGAAUCGAAAUGAAUCCGUCAAACCGCUUCGGUCUUCAUUGAAAAGAUGUUUUGGGUAAUGUUUGAAGCACGAAAACCAAAUUCAUGUCGAAAAAAGAUUAAUUGUCGGAUUAAGCGAUGAUGGAAGUAAAUGUUAGUUUCAGCACUAGUCGGGGUGGAGAAUGUAGGAUUUGCUGCUUGCUCCUUUUUACAAGUUCAGUAUUUGUUUUCCAACAGCAAGUUAUUUAAACGCCGCCAUUAUAUCUAUAAUGUCUUUUACACAUGUUCAUAGAGCAUUAAGCGUCACGUGAGAAGAUUUGAGCUUUUACCCUGUUCCGAUGUACAAUGACAUCUCGCUCGCCCUCCUGCUUUUACACUUUACUUUUCGUUUUGAAAAGAUUCUCCCUCAUUGAAAGCACUUUAUGCUUGAAGGUUUUUAUACAUCCUCCUGCAUCUCCAUUUUUUUUUUUUUUGUUGCUUCUUAGAAGGAGCCAUUUAAAAAAAAAAGAAAAAGAAAAAGAAGGACUCGGUUUAUUCUAAGGAAUUCCAAAUCGGGCUUUAUUUUCGCCGUUAUGCUGUUUUUAAUUAACCGGUUCGGAGCUGACCUCAGAGCGUUCGGACUGAGAAGGCAUACGUUAAAUUCAUUCAGAAAAGGGAGGAAGAUAAAAAAUGGAAAGAUCAGCUGUUUUUAUAUUCCCCUUCCCCGUGAGAUGCCGUUUGUCCGUGCUUCCUCGUCGUCCAAAGAAAAUGAAAUCUCACCUGCGAGAACCUGCGAUUCGCAGCAGCUUGCCCUCAAUUUGCGCGUGUCAGACGAGUUACACCCCCCCCCCCCCCCCCUUCCCCUUCAGUCCGGUUUCUUGUCUGUUCUCCCAUGUAUCUAUUCAUUUCUACAUUUUGCCUCACUUGGGUUUUUUUUUUUCUUUCCUUUUUCCAAUUGCUUUCUCGCCGUAUUAAAAAACAGAGACGAGCCUACAAGUAAAGGCCAGAAAACAACCCGAGCGCGUUUGCGGCUCCAGAUACAUUUCUCGGAGGGGUUGUGACCCCGGCCUGUGAAAGCUCCACGUCUGUUUGGCUCGCCGGGCCUUUUUGCACCCGUGUAGCGGCGCGGGCCGGUAGCUUCGCGAUGUUGUCGUGUUUAGACCGACUCAUCGUCGCAAAAACCCUUGUCAUCUGCUCUCUGCAGCGCUGCUGUUGUUGAACGCUGUAUUAUUUUCUAUAAGCAUCAUCCAUAAUUCACGCCCUCGGCCAUCAAAUAUUGAGCAGAGAGAUGGAGCUGAGAGGUCAGGAGGCCCGCUUCUCGUGUGAGGCUGGUUUUACAGAUCCACCUUAUUUGUCUUUACUCACAACAGAGUCGUUUUGCUUCCCCGCCGUGUCAUAGGUGAAGUAGCCUCCCCUUUUUUUCCAGGAUAUAUUUAGGUUUUGUUGUCUUUAGCUGCACAAGGUAGUCGAUACAGGAGCUGUUAAUUAGCAACGCUUGCUCAUUCUCAGUUGUUUCUCAGUGAAUGUGACAUGGAAGGAGGAUCAUAUAUUGAAGAAAACUUCAUUUUUUUUUUUUUUUUUGUGGUACAGUGAUUACAAAAGAAUCUUCUCCAUGUUUCCACUGAGCACUGACUCCUUUUCCUGUCACUGUGCGGUGCUGUUUUGUAAUGUAAAUCUGCAGUUUCUGUAUUGUACGCUCAGCUCGGUAGGCGAAGGAUUCAAGACGGCCAAGGAAGGGAGACGCCCGCCUCUCUUCCGCAAAGAGACGAGGAAUGUUGUAAAGCCUUGCGUCUGGUGAAACAAAGACUCCUGUUUUUAGUUUGGGUUUCUACGUUUUCUUUUCCUUAGAACUUCUUUGGGUUUUUUUGGGUUUUUUUUUCAGUUUCUUCCGAAUCCAUCCAGCCGAGUGGAAGCGUUGCUCUUGUUGUGUGCGAUCCGCGACAUCCUGCACUUGCUGAGGUGUUAUCACCACUUCAGAAACUUUCCGGGCCGUCUCUGCGGCUCUCGCUACUGCAUCAGGAUUUUCUUGAGUCGAUUUGAGAUUGUGUGAAAAUCUGACUUUUAUUUUAAAAGCAAACCGAUUCAGCUUGGGUUUUUUUUUGUUUGUUUGUUUGUUUGGUUUAUCUUAUUUUAUUUUUGUUAUGCACAGUAAAGGUCUCGCCUAUAGGCCCUAACUUCUUUUCUUUGAGCAGUUAAUGUCAAGCUAAUGGCACCAGCUACUACUUACGAUGAACAGACUCUAUGUACAUAGAUAUAAAUUUAUAUAUAAAUAUAUAUAAAUGGGUCUUUGCACAAGUUAUCUCAAUGUCUGCUCCAUGUGAUUUUAACAGGAAAAACAAAAUGUGAAAGAAAGUUCAGAAAAAAAGACUUUAUAUAUGCUUUACAAUUCUUUGUCUCAUUAACAUUUUGCACUUAUUUAAAGAGGCUUACUUCUGUUUCUGGGCUGACAGAGCGGUUUUUCAAGCUCGGCCAGGAUAUUGUACAAUAUGUAUAUGUAUUUUUAUUCAUAUGCAUAUAAAUAUAUGUCUAUGUAAAUUGC